CAGGUGGCGGUAGAUCUUUAACGGCCAUCUUAGAUAAUCUAUAGCCGUGUGACAAUCACAGAUCAUAUAAGUAAAGUGACAAUUAACGUAUCUGUUAUAGGUUAUAUUAUCUAUUUAAUAUAAAAAUAAAAUUAUCACUCGAUUAAGUGGAUUAAGUUCAAUAUGUUCGUCAGCGAGUGAACGUAGCUGCAUUAAAGACAUCGACUGUGAAAUUACCGUUCUUAAUUUUAAUGAUGGUAAAAGUUGAAUGGAUCUGCAUUGUACCAGGCUGUAAAUCAAAUUCAAGGACUCCUGGUCAUUUUUUCCCAAAGAGUCCAAUAUUAUCAGAAAAGUGGAAAGAAGCUGUAAAUAAUAGUAUAAUUUUAAAUAUCUCAUCAGAAGAAUUAAGAAAAUAUAGAAUAUGUCACUUGCAUUUUUUACCUGAAGAUUAUAUUUAUACUCAAAAUCGUCGAAGACUGAAACAUAAUGCAGUACCUAGUGUAAAUACAUAUAAUACGCAGACAGUUACAGAUAGUACAGAAAUAAAUGAUGCAAAUAGAGAGACAAAUGAUGCAAAUACAGAAAUAAAUGAUACAACUGACAUACAGUUGCAUUCACAAUCUGAAACAAAUACUGAAUUACAUUUACAAUCUCAAACCAGUAAUACAGAAAUAAAUGAUACAAUUGACAUACAGUUGCAUUCACAAUGUAAAACAAAUACUGAAUUACAUUUACAAUCUCAAACCAGUAAUGAACCUGGACCUUCCACAAGUAAUUUUAUAUGUGCAGAAACAAAUAUGCAAAACGAUCAAAAUAAUAUCACAAAUAAGGUUAAUAGUCCAUCACGAAUAUCAAGAAAUAUACUUGGAUCUGUUACAAGACAACGUCAUUUACCACCAAAAGCACAAAAAAUAUAUAAGAAAGCUGUAACAUUAGCGAAGGAAAGAAACCGAAUGAAAAGACAAAUAAUAAAUUAUAAAACAUUAAAGAUGCAAAAAAGUUAUCAAAUACUCAAUUUUGUAAAAAGUUUAACAGUUUAACUCCAACGCAAAGAUUAUUUUUCAAUAUGCAAUUACGAAAUACAAAAUAUGCUCCAAAGGGAAGAUUUACACUUGACGAAAAAAUUUUAGCAUUGUCGCUGUAUAAACAAUCUGGAUCUUGUUAUAAAUUAUUAUCAAAAUUAUUUGUUUUACCAAGUGCUACAACUCUAAAAUGUUUGCUACGAACAAUUUCUUUGCAACCAGGAAUUAAUAAAUUUAUUUUUGAGCAUCUUCGGCAACAUAUAGCACAAAUGAAAAAUGAAACAGACAAAUUAUGUAUAUUAAUGUGGGACGAGAUGUCAUUAGAAGCCAAUUUGCAGUAUGACCAAUUGAAUGACAGAAUAAUUGGUUUUGAAGAUUGGGGACAUAGACGUACAUCACUGAUAGCCGAUCAUGUUUUGGUUUUUAUGUUAAUUAGAUGCAUAAAAGAAAUUAUAAAAGAAUUAUCUGAAGCUGGUUUGACAAUAAUUGCAACUGUAUGCGACCAAGGGGGACCAAAUAUGACAUCCAUUAAGAAACUUCUCGAGGAUUCAAGAAGUAAAUGUAUACAAAAAGGUCAAGAAUAUCGAGGUUUUAUUGAACUUUUUGGGCAAAAUAUUGUACCUAUCUAUGAUCCACCGCAUCUUUUAAAAGGAAUCUGUAAUAAUUUAUUACUUAAAAAUUUGGAAAUUAAUGCCACUAAUUCAGGAAAAAAGGAACGACAGUUUGCAUCAUGGGACAUCAUUGAUCAGGCAUAUAAAAUGGAUAUUUACACAAAUACAUUAAAUCGUCAAUUGCCAAAAUUAACCGAUGAACAUGUUAUUAGGUCAAAAAUAAAAAAGAUGAAAGUUAAAUGUGCUGCUCAAAUUUUUAGUGCAAGAUUAUCAGCAUAUAUUGAAUACAACAGCAAAAUCAAAGGAGGAUUUAUCGAGACACAGAUUGGUCCACUACAAAUACCAAAGGCAGGAUAUGACACAGCAAUAGUGUUAGAUUUUUUCAACAAAGUUUUUGAUUCCGUGAACGCUCAUACUUUGCAUCCAGAGACUCCUUUACGUGUUGCGGUAACAAAAAAUAGCAAACACCAUGAUUUUUGGCCACAUGCUACUAAAUUAUUGUCCGACAUGCGAUAUGUAGAUCCGAAUACUAAGCAACCAGUUAAGUGCAUACCGUCAUUAAAAAAUUGGAUUUUUACUCUACGUGGAUUUCAGAACAUAUGGAAAAUAGUUGAUAACGCAGGUAUAAAAUUUUUAAAAAUAUUAAUCAAGAUCCACUAGAAAACUGUUUUGAUAUGAUUCGUAGUCACGGACGUAGAAAUAUUAAUCCUUCGUGUAGCCAAUUUUGUGGAUCAUACAAAACAUUAUUAAUUAAUAAUUUAACAUCAAAACGGUCUAUGGGCUCUAACUGCGAAGAUAAAAAUGACGGUAAUUUAUUAUUUAAUUUAAAACAAUUUGUGAAAAACGUUUCUCAUGUAAAUAAUGCAUCAGAACAAAUAGUUGAAGAAGACUCUGUAGCAUUCCAAAAUAACACAAUAAUACAUAACAUCUCAUCACAUAAAAAUAAUAGUCAAAUGUAUGUUUCUGGUUGGAUUGCAAAAAAGAUUUUAUCUUUGAAACAGUUUAAAAAUUGUUUAGAGUGUAAACAGAGUCUUCUAACAACAGAUAUAACAUCUGAAGAAUAUGUGCAACUAGUUCAUAGAGAAUAUGUACGAGAGAAACCUUCUUUAACUUAUCCAUCAAUGACUUUUUUCAAACACGCAUUUAUUAAAGCCGAUUCUAUUUUAAAUAAAAAUAUUUCUUUAUUAUUUCGCAGAAAUAUUUCUACUUUGUUAUAUACACUUUUAAACGAUAAAUUAAGUUUAGAUUUUAUACGUUGUAAUAAACAUAAAGAAGAAUUAAAACAUGUUGUAAUACAAAAAAUUACAAAACUAUUUUUAUAUACAUUUUGUAAAAUAGUCAAUAGAAUUUUAUCUGGUCGUGACACUCGAUAUGUUUCUACAAAUAUUAUAUUUCAGCAAGCUAUUGAACAUUAUAAAAAGAAGCAAAAGUGAUUUAUAAAAAAAAUGUAAAUAUUUUGACAAUAUAUCAAAUACAAUAUAUUAAAUAUU